UUUAACAACAAAUUAUAUUGCCAUUUUUCCCUUGUGAAUGUGUCGAGUUUUUAUUUUCGCUACCCACUAAAUAACUGAGUAGGGUAUAUUGAUUGAGUGUACAUAUAUACGGCAUAAAUUACAUAUUUAUGGGUGCAUACAAUACAGUUUAUCAGUUUACUUAUUUAUGAAACUACAAACAAUUUGCAAAUAUAAUAAAAAUAAGAAAUGUAUACAAAUUGAAGUUUUCACGAAUAGAAUGAUUUAACAAUAUGAAGAGUUAAGCAUAAAAAUCACAGUAUAUCUACUAGUCUGUACAUCUAACUGGGGAGCACUUUCACUUGUUUUUUUUUUGUUGUUUUUCGUAUUUCGGAAAUGUCUUGCGCACGUGUUGGUAAAACUAAUACAAACAGACACACACACACAGAGACACAGCUGGCAGACAGUCGCGUCGGACAUUAAUAUUAACGUUAAAGCAGCAACAACAACAAAAACAAAAGGCUCAUCAAACAUGCAGCGUUUAAUACGCAAACAUACAAGCUCCCACAGACACACACACACACACACACACACACACAGGGAGACAGUUAGUCUGUGUGUGUGUGUUAGAGCAGGAUGGCUUGAGAGCUUGGCCAUUUUGUUUUGUUGUUCUGCCUUUUCCGGUGCGUGUCGCAGUCGCUGGCUGGCUUUUCCGCCGCGUCGCUUUUUAGUUGGUGGCGAGCGUUUUCUUCGAUCAAAACAGCGACCGGUUUCCGUGUUCAUUUCUCUUUUCAAUUUGAUUUUGGAUUUACUUUACGUGCGUGGCAGCCAUGGCUCUUGUGGCGCACCGCAUGAUGCUGUCGGCGCGCAAUCGACCCACCCAUCAGCAGGUGGCGCGCAAUAAGGUGGGCGUCUUGGCGGUGCCUAGCCUGGCAGACUACUACAACAAAGAAACGGAUCAAGCGCAGCAACAGCAAGCUCAGCAGCCCCUGACUAGACCCGCCCAGCUGGAGCUGCAGCCCGGCAAUGACAACAGCAAUGCGAAAUUCAUGGUAAUGGAACAUUAUCUGAACCUAUCCUGA